CCUUGUCUGCCAUGCCGUAGAGAGAGAGCCCUGCGGCUGAUGCCGCCGCCCCCUUUGGAGCAGCAGGACGGGAGCACGAAGGGGAGGAACAGAGGGGGCGGAGCACCAUCGUCAUGGAGUCCGAGCCUUGGAGCCGGCUUGGGGUCCCCGCUGAGGCCUCGACCCCUUUCCCAGCCCGGCCUCAGCCCCGAGAACAGGAGCGGAAACGGCAGCAGGAGAAGCUCUCCGGGGUGGUGAAGAGUGUCCAUCGGCGCCUGCGCAAGAAAUACCGCGAAGUGGGAGACUUUAAUAAAAUCUGGCGAGAACAUUGUGAGGAUGAGGAAACUCUCUGUGAAUAUGCAGAAGCAAUGAAAAGCCUCGCAGAUAAUCAUUGGACUAAAACCUAUGAAGGAGAGGGGCGAAUUGAAUGGUGUUGCAGUGUGUGUCGAGAAUAUUUUCAAAAUGGCGGUAAAAGGAAAGCUCUUGAAAAAGAUGAGAGACGAGCAGCUCUUGCUACGCAAAGUACUCAAACCACAAGUGUUCACCUGACUUCAAAAACAGAGAAUUCUUCAGAAAACUCCAUAAAUUCAACAUCUUUAGUGGAUGAGUUGCUGCAUCCUUCAGGGAAGAUCAGGUUACUUGAUGUUGGCAGCUGUUUUAAUCCAUUUCUGAAGUUUGAAGAAUUUUUGACUGUUGGCAUUGACAUAAUUCCUGCAGUUGAGAGUGUCUACAAGUGUGACUUCUUAAACCUUCAGAUUCAACAGCCUCUUCAGCUGGCACAAGAUGCCAUAGAUGCUUUUUUGAAGCAACUGAAAAAUCCUAUAGAUUCUCUCCCUGGGGAAUUAUUCCAUGUUGUUGUCUUCUCCCUCCUUCUCUCUUACUUCCCAUCACCUUAUCAACGAUGGAUAUGUUGCAAAAAGGCCCAUGAACUUCUUGGAUUGAAUGGUUUGCUGCUUAUUAUCACUCCUGACUCUUCCCAUCAAAAUCGCCAUGCUAUGAUGAUGAAAAGUUGGAAAAUUGCAAUAGAAUCCCUGGGCUUUAAACGUUUCAAGUAUUCAAAGUUUUCUCAUAUGCAUCUCAUGGCAUUUAGAAAGAUCUCACUUAAAACUACUAGUGACUUAGUAAGCAGAAACUACCCUGGGAUGUUGUAUAUCCCUCAGGAUUUCAACAGUAUUGAGAAAGAAGAAUUUUCUGACCAUUCUUGUUAUGUCCGAUCAGAUGCUGAAGAUGAACAACUUGCGUACAGCUUCAUGGAACUUCCAGAUGCUCCUUAUGAUUCUGACUCUGGGGAGAGCCAGGCUAGCUCAGUCCCUUUUUAUGAGCUAGAAGAUCCGGUUUUACUUUUAAGUUAACAUUAAAAAAUCUGCUUCAAAGUCUAAAUUCCCUUUACUAUAAAACUAAAUUUGGCAUACUGACAUCUACUCCCAGACAAAAAAGGAAAUGCAGAAUGUGUUAUUUUUUUCUACUGAGAUAUUUUAAAAUUUAUUCUUGUAUUGAGAAUUUGAAGUAUGUGUGUCAUGCAGAAUGGCUCAUGUCAUAGCAUAAACAGGGUUUACUCUAGUGUUUGUAUCACUGAUAGGUGCAGGUUUUUUUCUUCCAAUGCUGUGAUUUUACAAAAUAUGCUGUCUUGAUGAUAUUUUUAACCUGUUGAUAAGGUUGUGAUCACUCUGGCCUUUUCAGAAGACUAUACAGAAAAAGCUAAUAGGCACUGGUAAUGAAUAUCAAAGUAAAAUAUUUGAAAAGCUUGGCUGGCUUUUUAAAAACUUGAAUGAAAGACAAAGAUUCUUAAAUUAACUAAUCUGGUAAAAGAAAAAUGUCUGCAAAUUAGCUCUACUUUGUUUCUUUGGAUUGGAGAUUAUCCUCUUUCCAUUGGGGUGCUUCAAAUGAUGCAGAAAACACACAUAGUGGUUGGGCUUAAAUAGUUUGAUAACUUCAGAGCUAGAAUAUUUUUGCCCCUUUAUGUUUGCAGUGAUACCGCUUAUCCACUCUAUGGAUUUUCAAGCUAUUUUAUAUUUUUUAUUGUUGCAUAGUGUUCUGUCCAAAUAUAUAUAUAUAGGGAACUAAAAUGUGAAAUCUACAUAUUACUGGAGUCUUAAUCCUGUAAAUAGUUACCAAUGAAAAGUCAAAAGUGCUCCAAUGCGUAAAAAAUAAACCACUCUGCAUUAUAUUUCUUAUACAGCAUGCUCUAAAAUUUGGAUGCUAAGAAUUCCUUGAAACAAUUUUGUUUAAACUGAAUUUAAUUUUUAAUAAUGCACUUCUUUACUUAAUUAAUACAAGUGAAUCAGUUCACAGGUCUAAAUUCAGACCAAGAGCUGAAAGAGAGAAAUUAGCUUCAUAGUAUCCAGAACAGCAAAAUUAUGUUAGCCAGAUGUUGAUGCACAGUCAAUUGCCAUUUCAGAAGUGCCACUACAGUUUUUUUAAAAAAACUUUUUAUACUCCUACCAAAACUGCACUGAAAUUUCACAAUUAAUUUCUUAAUUUGCUUUUUCAUACUUUAUUCUUGGUUUUAUACACGAUUUCAUAUAUUAUAGGGUCACUUUAUAUUUAAGCAUAGUUUUUGUACCUCUUGCAUGUAACAGGUUUUUUAAAUAGCCCCUGAAUAACCAAAUUUGAUUACUGCCUUAGCUAUUAAUACAAUUGUAUUUGAAAACAAAUCAUAACUAUAACAUUUCUAUCAUUCUGACAAGGGCAGGCUGAUCCAGCCAUAUAUUUGAGCACACAGUAAGCAGAACAGCAUCCAGUACUUGGAAAGUAAAGUGAAGCUGUCCCACAGUGUAAUCCUGUGCAGAGGAACUCUUCAUAGAUUUAUUUGUACUGCCAAUCUGCCUGUUUUUCCCUUUUUUCCAUUCUACCAUUUUCUGCAACCACAGCUGUUCAUAGGCACUAGACCACCUGUAGCAUUAAGUAAUGGCUCUUGCAAAUAGCCUUGCUAGGCAGCUAUGAAAACUUUUUUAUACAACAAUUCUGUUCGCAGUAAUUAUUCUGGUGCAAGGUGGAGCUGCUCCUUCAAAGGUACUCAUGUUGACUUCCAGUGCAAUAGAGUGAGUUUUCUCCCUUUCUCUAGUAGUGGGAGUCCAGCGUCUUAUCCUGUAGUUUAUUAUAUAUUACAAGGUGAUAGGCCUUUAGUCUUGCAUAAAAAACUGUCACUGAAAUAAAUUUUAUUUUGCUGUCACUUUAAAUGAAAUGUUGCAAUAUGAGCUAAAUAGACUAGGUGGUAUCAGCAGCUGGUAGUCCUCUGAGGAGGACCAUCUUUGCCAUCCCACCAUUGCCAACUCCACAGGCAAAAGGAUGGUAGAUGAGCUUGUGCCCUUGAGAAUAGCACUAGCGGCCAAUCUUGCAGGGCUAGGUUUGGCUCCUUGACCCAUCAUGUCCACUGUAUUAUCAACUGGACUUCCAACAACAAAAAGUAGUUGCUGACCAGGUAAAUAGAUGGUCUACAUUUAAUGUGAAAGACUUUUUACUGAACUAAACUUUUUAAAAAAUGCUGAAAUAAUUAAAGUUAAUGUGUGCUACCUCUCUCAUUUGAAAAAAAAAUACCGUUUACUCAUUCUCCAAAAUGUGUAUGAUGUGCUUUUAUUAAUAUUAGAGAAAACUUGCCAAGACCCCUUGGCAUUAAUGCGUUUGUUAUGUGUGUGCUAACAUUUGUUUUCCUGUUCAUUCAAAUUAUCUUAUACCGGACUCCAUGUCAUGGUUAAAUGUAGGUGAAAUAGUUUAAAAUUUGAACGGUAGAAGUCUACCAGUAAUAUCACCAGUGGGUUGAUGAAAUUGUUGUGGGUCCUUCACAAGGGGAGUAACUUCUUUUUUUUCUGUUUUGAAAUGUAGAUAUUUCUUCCAGAGUGGGCCCCCCCCCCCCCCGCCCGAAUAUUAUGUAAGGCUGUAAUUACUUAAAUAAGGGACUUCCUGCUAUGCUUUAUUGGAUUGUUACUAUGAUCUUGCUUGUAGUGUUUUCAGGAUGGCUGACUAGGUCUGGAAGACUUCUCAAGCUCCACCUUGGGCAAAGGAAGAUACACCCAGUUCCAUACAAGGAAGAAAGAAUACUACCAACUUUUGCAUUUGUUUUUCAUUUGUUUUCCUAAGGGUUUUUUGUGAAAAAGCUCAUUAAAAGUAUGAACAAC